UCCCCCUCUGAAUGGAAACAUGGUUGUUAUGUAGCUGUUCUGUAGGAGGUCGUUUUAUCCAUUUUGAGCUCAGUUUUCAUUGAUGUUUUGAUUGAGUAUGGCGUCUCUAAAAGCUGUGCUGGCUUACACAACCAGGACGAUCAACACACUGAGGAAAAACACGCAUGUUGUUUUCAUCAAGAGGACUCUUCUCCUGCCCAGAUUGCCUCUCUUCAAACCAUCAAAUGGCAGGUUAGUGAACUUGCGACAGUCCAGCUCCACAGCAACCGAAGCAGCCAGCGGAGAAGACUCUUUCCUCAAAUGGCUUCUGCUGUUGAUCCCAGUCACCACCUUUGGCCUCGGCACGUGGCAGGUGAAACGACGCCAGUGGAAACUGCAGCUGAUUGACGAUCUGAGAAAACUCACAACUGCGGAGCCCAUUCCUCUUCCUCUUGAUCCUAAUGAGCUGAAUCAGCUGGAGUACAGACGGGUGAGAGUGCGAGGACAGUACGACCACUCACAGGAGCUCUACAUCCUGCCGCGUUCACCAGUCGACCCGGCUAAAGAGGCCAGAGAGGCGGGAACGCUGUCGUCCAGUGGAGAGACGGGCGCUAAUGUCAUCACUCCGUUCCACUGCACUGACCUCGGCAUCACGAUCCUGGUGAACAGAGGAUACGUUCCCCGACAGAAGAUACGACCAGAGACCAGGAUGAAGGGACAGGUGGAAGGUGAGGUGGAAGUGGUCGGGGUCGUCAGGCUGACAGAGAUCCGUAAACCGUUUGUACCGAACAAUGAUGCGGACAGAAACCGAUGGCAUUACCGCGACCUGGAGGCUAUGUCCCAAAUCACAGGAGCGCAGCCCGUUUUCAUCGAUGCUGACUACGCGAGCACCAUUCCUGGUGGACCGGUCGGUGGACAGACGAGAGUCACACUGAGGAACGAACACAUGCAGUAUGUAAUAACAUGGUAUGGCCUGUGUGCAACGACCUCUUACAUGUGGUAUGCAAAGUUCAUCAAGAAGAUUAAACUGUGAAAUGAUGACAUGCAGUGAAAUUAUUGGACACCUCGUCUGAAAUGAUGCAGGGCAGGCCUAUCAUGUGUUUGAUUUGUAAACAUCAGCCUGCUGCAAAUAUUCAAAUGUGUAAAUAGAUAAUUAUUCUCCUGAAACAUGUACUUGAGAAUAUU